AUGGUUGAGAAGUACUACCCAGCAGAUUUCAACCAACAAGAAAGGCUUGGAUUGGAGGUACCUUGGUCGAUCAGCUGCCCACGAGCUGAGCUGCGAGGCUGCAUCAACAACGUCCUCGCCACGCACGACACUCGCUUCAGCUUCGCGCCCCGCGCCAUCACCGUGCUCACCGACGACCGCCGCGUGCUCCCGACCGGCGCCAACAUCAAGCGCUCGCUCGCCAACACGGUGGCCCGCUCCUCGGCGGCGCCCGGGGACGUGCUCUUAUUCCACUGCAGCGGCCACGGCACGAGUCCGGUCGCCCCGCACCGCCGCGGCCACGACCACGACGCGCACCAGGACGAGGCCAUCGUGCCCUGCGACUUGAACCUCAUCAAUGGUUGAUCGUCGUGCUCGCGAUCUUCUCUUACGUGCAUCACCAUCGCGAACGUGCACGCGCGUCGUUCUGGCACGCAUGAACGCAUCCAUGCGCCCGUAUCGCAGACGUGGAUUGCCGGCAGCUGGUGGGUCGGGCCCUGUGCCGCAGGGCGCGAGCUUUACCAUGGUGUCCG